AUGCACCCGCCCCUGCGCGCGCCACCCCCUGCGGGCGCGUGGCCCGCCCUGCAGGGCGUCGGCACGCCGGCAGCCAUGGGGCUCUCUGCGGGCGACAUCGUCCUGCGAUAUGUCUGUCCCGCGGCCGGCGGCACCAUCGCAUUAUUCAUGUUCGGGGCGCCCCUGCUGGCGGUGCUGGAGGUCAGGCGGCGGCGGUAUAUAGGGGAGACGAACGCGCUGCCCUUUGCGGCCAUGGGCACCAACUGCAUGGCGUGGCUGUUCUAUGCCUUUUUGAUCCGCGACUGGUGGGUCUACGUCCCAAACCAGUUUGGCCUGCUGAUGGGGUGGUACUACACUUUCAGCUGCUUCAAAUUUUCAAAGGACGCGGCGCAGGACGCGCUCACAGCGAUAGUGCUGUCCACCGUGAUGCUGUACUGGGUGGUGGGCGCCAUACACUGGGGCGCCGCCCUCGGGCCGGAGGCCGCGCGGACGCUGUGGGGCAGCACCGCAGUGGGCGUGCUGGCGAUCUACUACGUGGCGCCCCUCACCACGAUCUGGAAGGUGCUGCGCCUGCGGGACAGCUCGUCCCUCAACGCACCGCUCAGCGUCAUGAACGUGGUCAACGGAGCCCUCUGGUUCUCAUACGGCCUGGCCAUCAAGGAUUGGUUCAUCGCCAUGCCCAACGGCGUGGGGGCUGCCCUGAACGUCAUCUGCGUCAUCCUAUGCUUCCUGUUCCCUAAGAAGGCCGCCGCCAGCAGCGCCCUCCAAGGCAUACCCACGGCCGCAGCCGACGCCGGGCCCAUGGUGCGCCUGCAGUCCGCAAACUUCAGCCCCCGCCCCGCCGACGCGCCGUCCUCCGGCGGCCGCGGCCGCGUCGGCGCGUUCUUCGACCUCUCGCAAUUCCGCUGGCGCACGGGCAGCAGCCUCAGCGCAGCGGCGGGCCCGGCGGCGAUCGCGGGCGCGGCCAGCGGCGGCAGCGGGACCGGGCGCGGCAGCGGCGUCGGCGCGGCGGCGGGGUCGGCGAGCAGUUUGGGGUGGCUGCUGCGAAGCAGCACGAUUGAGGAGGGCAGGGACGACUUGGAGGCGUUGGACACCGCCGUGCCCGGGAAGCAGCAGCGCCUGGACAGCAAGUCGCUGCCGGCCAAGGGCGACCAGGCGGCGGCCAACGGGCACGGUUUGGGCCAAACGGUGAAUGUCAAGGCUGCGGCGCUGGGCGGCGGCGGAGGGGAGGCGGCGGGGGCACAAGGGGACGCCAGUAUGCGGAAAGAUUGA